AUGGCGUUUCGGGCGGCCAUUCUGGUCGUCUCAACGACGGCAUCCAAGGACCCGUCGACGGACGCCGCGGACGCCACUCUGCGCGGCGUCUUUGACGUCGACGGCGAGGGCAAGUGGGACGUCAUUGAGACGAAGAUUGUGAGCGACAACGAGGACGACAUCCGCCGGGAGGUAUUGCGUUGGACCGAUAGCCCUGAAGAUAGCUCCGAUACCCCUCUGGUCCACCUCGUGGUGACCACUGGCGGGACGGGCUUUUCGAUAUCUGACGUCACGCCAGAGGCAGUGACCAGCCUGAUCGAGAAGCCAGCGCCAGGGCUCGUGCACGGCAUGUUGGCAGCUUCGCUGAAGGUCACGCCGUUUGCCGUCAUGGCACGACUGGUGGCCGGUGUGCGGAAGCACUGUCUAAUCGUGACCCUGCCAGGGUCGCCUAAGGGCGCCAAAGAGAACCUGCAGGCCAUCAUCAAGAUGUUGCCACAUGCGUGCAUGCUGGCGUCUGGGAUGGACUCUCGUGCUCUGCAUGCCGGCAGAGCGAAGAAGCUGGAGCAGAAGGCCGGCAGCACAGCAGUCCCUGUGGCCGGUCAAAAGCAAAACUACAGUCACAACCAUGAGCAUGAUCAUGGACACGGACACGGGCACAAUCACGGGCACGACCACGGACACGGACACGGACACGGACACGGACACGGGCUCGUUCGACAUGGGCAGCCACCGGCGAACCCGCUGUCCAACGAUCCGUCGCUGGGUCCGUCGCGGCGAUCCCGGGCGUCGCCAUAUCCGAUGAUCAGCGUGGAGGAGGCACUGGAACGCAUUGAGCAGCACACCCCGGAGCCGGUGGAGGGCACGCAACCAGUGGACGAGGAGCUAGUAGGAUAUGUGCUGGCAGAGGACGUGUACGCAGCAGAGGACGUGCCAGCGUUCCGAGCGAGCAUUGUGGACGGCUAUGCGUUGGUAGUACCGGAAGACGACAAGGGCAGCGACGUGUCGGGCAUCUUCCCGGUGGUGGCGGUGUCGCACGCAGCGCCAGAGGAGGCCAAGACGCUGCGGACGGGCGAGAUUGCACGGAUCACGACGGGAGCACCGCUGCCAGCAGGGGCGAGCGCGGUGGUAAUGGUGGAGAGCACUUUGCUGCACUCGACACGAGAGGUGGAUGGUAGAGAGGAGGAACAGACGAUUGAGAUCCGGGCGACGGGAGUGCGAGCGGGCGACAACGUGCGAGAGGUGGGCAGCGACAUGAGCAAGGGGGCGCUGCUACUGAGACGCGGCGAACGAAUCACGGCAGUGGGCGGCGAGAUCGGGCUGUUGUCAUCGGUGGGCGUGCAGGAAGUCCGGGUAUGGCGACGGCCGGUGAUCGGAGUGCUGUCGACGGGCAACGAGAUCGUGGCGGCCAGCCGAAAGGGCCCGCUGAGGCUGGGCGAAGUGCGCGACACAAACCGACCGACGCUGCUGGUGGCAGCACGUAACUGGGGCUUCGAGACGGUGGACCUGGGGAUCGUGCAGGACCAGCCCCAGACGCUGGAGCAGCGGCUGCGCGACGGGCUCCGGUCAGCGGACGUGGUGAUUACGACGGGCGGUGUGUCGAUGGGCGAGCUGGACCUGUUGAAGCCGACGAUCGAACGGGCGUUGGGCGGCACAAUUCAUUUUGGGCGCGUGUCGAUGAAGCCGGGCAAGCCGACGACAUUUGCGACAGUCACGAUCAAGGAGGAUGGCGAGGCAGCUGGAGGUAGCAGCCGGCGAGUGGUCCGACCCAUCUUCUCGCUGCCCGGAAACCCAGCCUCAGCCUUGGUGACGUUCCACCUGUUUGUGCUGCCAGCCCUGCGCAAGAUGGCCGGCGAGCAGCCGCGAGGACUGCCGCGUGUUUCGGUGGUGCUGGCCGACGACUUUGCGCUCGACCAGGAGCGUCCCGAGUACCAUCGCGCCGUUGUCAGCACUACGGCUGAUGGCACGUUGACGGCCACCAGCACUGGUGGCCAGCGCAGCUCAAAGGUCAGCAGCAUGCGCAGUGCCAACGCGCUGCUCUGCAUGCCGGCUGGGGCCGAGCCGCUGCGGAAAGGCGCCCGCGUGCAUGCCCUCCUCAUGGGCAACGUGCGCAGUACUGCGAACAGCUAG